UCCAGCUGGAUGUCUUACUUGUCCUGUCUUCUUUCAUCCUAUAGUAACUAAAACUGUCUCUUUUUUCAUCAUUAAUGUGAUUUUGAAACUAAAGGCUUCGGUAUUUUUAAAGAACACAAGCUUUUAGAAAGAUGAAUUACCUGAUAAUGCGUCAAUCCCUUCAUAUAUUUGUGAUCAUUUUAUUGAUUGUUGCAGUCAUAGUGUCUUGGAACCAACACAAAGUUAUUAAUUUCAAUAAAGUUCAGUGCAAAACACUUCAAACAAGUAACGAGUCGAAAGAAACAACGAUAUACAUUUCAUCAUUAUGCAACUGUAACAAAGAAACAGUGACGGAUAAUGAAUCAGUUCAUCUUGUUUCGACUGCCUUCAAGUGGUGCAGCCCUGAGUCUUCUAUGCGUGGAAUGCAUCAAUUUGUCAUCGCUUACACUUUAUACGGAAAUGUUCAUAACGAUACCGUUGCACAGCGAUAUUUUUCAAUGUCAAUACUAAGGAACAUCUCGUUAACGGCAGAGAAACUAUACCCAGGUUGGAUAGUUCGGAUUUAUCAUAACAUUCGAGAUCAAGAAGGUGCAGAGAAAGAUGCUCACAACCAACUCUGUGACAUAUACUGCCAGUUUCACAAUGUUGAUCUCUGCAGUGUACCAAAUAUGGUUGAUCGAAUAGGUAACAAAACCACGCCAAUCGAAGCUGGUCUUCUUGCUGGAUUGAACCCAAAAAUGUUUCGUUACUUGGCCAUGCUGGAUAGAAAUGUUGACGUAUUUAUUUCGCGAGACAUUGACAGUAUAAUUUGGCAGAGAGAAGUAGACGCUGUCUCUGAAUGGCUUAAAUCCAACUUUACAUUUCAUGCAAUGCGCGACCACGACUUUCAUGCUACAAUAAUUCUUGCAGGAAUGUGGGGAGCAAAAAUUUACAAAAGACGAGACGUCAUCGAAGGACUGAUGAGAGAUCUUUUAAUUUCUGGACAAGAUCAAUACGUUGGACAAGACCAAUCCUCAUUGGAAACAAUCGUUUGGCCUACAGCAAAAUUUGAUGUGUUGCCCCAGACUGUUUUCCCCGAAAAAUAUUGCCCCCAUAACUAAUGCCCCCUAACUAAUGCCCCCCACCCCAAAAAAAAACAAUUGCCUCGUAAUUUUAUUUUAAAUCUUAAUUCAAAUAAAAUAAAUCUACACUUAACCCCCUUUCCAGUGUAAAACGGAAGUCCAAACCAAAAAGUAUACAGUAAUUUAAGUUUCUUUUACGUGAAGCUCAUGUUCUCUCCUUUUUACUGCGUAUUUGUGCAUGGUAUUAACCUAUACUAUGAAAAAAAUGGGGUUUGAUAAGUUGCAAACCUUUUGUGGUUUAGAGAUUUUUCGAAACUUAUGUUUAGGUAUAGGAAAACAAUUUGUUAGGUUUAGUUAUACGCAACAUUUUCCUUUGGAGACAUGCACAAUGAAACUGGCGAAACAGAAAAAAAGGUACAUUUUCUUCCCCAUUCUUUUACUUCCGUCUGUAAAAACAAAAACCAAAUAAAAGCUACCUCUCUUUUAGUAACCUUAAACUCUCAUAUCCUAUCAUCAUAUUUGAAGCGCCUUUAAUCUUCUUUAUUUCUUCAACUCCCCACCCACUUUUCUCUUUCUAGUGGGGAGGAGAGAACCUUCCAUCUCGCUUCUGUAGGUAGGCCAGUAUUGACUUACUUUGAAUUAAAGGGUGAAGAAAUUAAUUUCGCAUCUGGAAGUUUCUAUACCUUGUGCUAAAGGACCCGUCUUUUUACUCUGUAUUGGCGGAUAGUGCGAGCCUAUCGCAAGAGAAAGGGGUUGUUAUUUGUUCGUUUCUUUUUUUUACCGGCCUUCUUUACAUAACCCUACCUCUUAAAAUCUAUUACUAAUUUACCCACGAUAUCGCAAACGUAAAGCAUUCCUAUUGCCUAAUGCUAAAAUAAAACUAAUCGAUGCAGAAAUGGCAACCACUGUAAAAAGGGUACCACUUUUUGGGGUUGUGAACCACCAAAAAUAGGUGAAUGUACGAAAUUGUGACGCUUUUUGAUUUCGGAGUUUUAUGCACCAAUCUCAUAAAUUUCAACUUUAGUGCAAAUAUUUCAGGCAAAUAAACCUUAG